GGUUUAAGUUAAAGUGCUUUAGCUCUAAUAAUAAUGUGCUUGAGUUUAUUUUUGAAAAGUUUGACGUCGCAGCCAUCUGAGACGAUUAAAAAAAAAACCCACGCGAUUCUCGUCCUGUUACAGUUGAAUUCAUGAAAUCAUCGAAAGCUGUAGGCCUAUGUGCUGUUGCUCAUUUUUUGUAAAAUGUAGAGAAAGUGACUCUAGAAAGGAAUCAUUUAAAUGCUAUACAUUCGCAUAAAGUACACGGGCAUAUUGCAGACAUGAUCAUCAUUAGGCCUAAGUCAUAGUUAUAACCAUUGACAAUCUCAUAAAGUAUGAUUUCAGACAAUAAAGCACUUUCAAGAAGAGUGUAAUGGCUACUGAACAUGAUGCAGCAAGGUAGCAUGGAUAAAGAAAGUAUCCUCUGGUCAAGUCAGAUCACUCCAGUGAACCAGGGGAAAAUGAUUGUUGACACAGAAGAAGUGGUUUUACUUUUGAGAUCUUUACAGUCCUCAUCUGAGCACAACGAAGUGACAGCAGCAUUAAAGAAAAUUGAUGCUUUUUUCCACUUAGCACCCAAAUACCUAGAAGACAAGUCUGUUUAUACAUCAGUGCUGUCAACCAUGACCCAUAUGAUGAAUGAUAUGGAAAUCCAACAGCUGGGCUUGGAAAUGUUGCACAAAUUUAUGGUUGGUAGUAAAAUAAUAGAGGACAAACUGAUGAGAAAAAUGGAGGUAACUAAUCACAUUAUUAAACUAUUGAGUCAUAAUCAAGAUCAAGUAAUCUACACAAGAUCAAUGCUUUUACUAACUAAGCUGUUGGUAUCAGAUCACUUGAGGAAACAGAUCUCAGACAGCAAACAUUGGCCAAAGCUAAUGUCUAUUCUCAUGGCUGCAAUCACCCAAGGAUCCAGAGAUUUAUCUUAUGAUUCAGAUUCAAUGCUUUAUUCACUUACGGUUCUUGGAACUGUUUUAAAAGAAGAACCUGAGCAGCAGUAUGUACUAGCCAAGAAACAUUUCUAUACACUUGUUGAUCUGUUCAAGCUACCUGGUGUUAAAGCAAAUAUUGUCACUGUGCUAAUCAAAAUACUUCGUAUUACUGCCACCUCUGAUGAGGCUGUUGCGCUCAUUGGGCUAUCUGUGAUCAAUGUUGUCAGGACAGCCAUAACAACUUGGAAAACUGAUAGAGCUGUUUUGAUUGAAAGCUUCAACCUUUUGGCUAAACUUUCAGAAAAUGAAAAAUGCAGCCAGAAGCUGGUAGAGAAAGGAAUAUUGAUGGACAUUUUAUUACCUGAGUUGUUGUCAAGAUCUGAUGAACCAAAGAUACAAAUAUUUGGCCUGCAGAUUUUUCUUUCUACUGCUGAUUUUCUCUUUCAAGAGAGCUCUGUGACACACAGUGCUCCCCAUUGGUUGAAAGUUAUUUACCUGGCUAUGUCAAAAAACAGAACCAAAUCUUCUAUACAGGCAUUUGGUUGUAAGGCAUUAUCCAAGCUAUUGGAAUGUAAGCCAGAAGUGUACAUCUGGAUUGGGGAGAGUUCAGAUUUGCAGCAAGACCCUAUCCACACACUCUGUCUUGGAGCAAUUCUCAUGUAUGAAAAAGAUGAAGAUGUAUUUGCCUCUGCUUGUAAAUCUAUUUAUUAUCUGACUGCUGACAAUGAUGGGCUGUGUAGAACUCUGAUGGAGAAAAACUCUCACAUUGCUGUCAUUGAAGGUUUGCGCCAUCACAUGAGGAGUGCUAAAGCUGUCAGUGCUGCAUGUAGAGCCAUUAGGGGCCUCAGCAUUUUUCAGAAUAAUCACAAACUAAAAAUGGCUGAAUAUGAUGGAGACCUGCUCCAGCUUUUGGCUGCGAUCAUCAAGAAUUUCCACUCUGACGCAGAGGUUCAAAGUGAGGUCAUCAGCACAAUCGCAUGUCUUGCAGACAUCGAUCUUGUUCGUCACCAGUGUUUUGUUAUAGACAUUCACCUGCAUGUCCUUAAGGCUAUGGAUGACUUCCCAGGGGAUGAAUACUUACAAGAGGCCGCCAUUGAAGCUUUGGCAGUUCUAGGGGGAGCAGCCAGUGGCUCAGAAAUCUUGAACGCUCACAGAGCAGUGGACAAGGUCAUCAAAUGUUUGAAAAGAUUUGUCUACAAUGGCAACAUCCAGAAAAAAGGUCUGUGGGCCAUCCAGAUCUUGGCAGACUGCCAGCUUGUCCAGUCAGCUGUCAUGUGCAAGGAACUGGCCGCAAUCAUCAAAUCAACCAUGAAAAAUUACCCAGAAUCCUUAGUCAUCCAAAAAGAAGCUAUAGUGGCCAUGCAGAUUCUCUCCGAGCAAGGUGUACAGAUGGAUAGAAAAGAUAAUUAUAGUAACAUGGCUGACGUGUUGGUUGAAAUGGAAUGCCAUGAGCUGCUGUUCCAGAUUUUAGAAAAAUAUGAUGAUGACCAGGGUCUGCAUGAUCUAGCCAGUGAAUGUCUUUAUGUUAUUGGUAUUGAGCAGGAUUUGAAGUCACGCAUGUUAUUAACAGCCUGCACUAAAGGUUUUAUUGCUGGAGCUGAGUGUCUGAUAGAAGUUGGAGCAGACGUCAACACAGGAAAUGGGCCUGAGACACCGCUGUACUACGCUGUCAACAAUAACAAUGAAACUAUGGUGGAGCUUCUGCUCAAACAUGAAGUAAGAAAUGUUCAGCCAUCUUUGAAGCUGAGCCUGAUGCGAGGGUAUGACAGGAUCACUGGACUGCUCUUGUCUCAUAUUGGACAGGAUAAAGAAACUGGGACUGUGCUGUGGUCAAAUUUAAACCUGGGGGAUCUCCGAGCUGCAUGGGUCAUGCCGACCCUCUGUGGCAGAGAAAAAAAGGCCCAGACAGCUUCUAUCACCAGCAAACAUUUUGUGGCUAAGAUAAAGAACAGCGAGAUGCGUAGAAACCAUCGCAUGCACUUUUCCCUGACAGACUCCAACCUUGAGAGUAUCCGUCACAAGUGUUUUCGUUACAGGCGGAGCAGCAUGGAGGUACAGAGGCAAACUUUUGAGGCCAUUUACGAACUACAAGCCCAAACUCAAGGGAAACAACAAAAACAAAACACAGUUUCCAAAAAACCAUCCAGCAGACUGCUAGAUGAAAUGAUGUCACCCUCAGCUUUAAGAAGAGUUCACUCUGAUUCUUCCACCCCUAAUGGGAAAAUGUCUCAGUUAGAAAUUAGUGAGCUUCCUGUGUUUGAGCACUCUGAAGAUGAAUGGGAAGACUGGAAAAAGACGACAUUGACUGGCGCAAACAUCCCAUUUAGUCCUGGCGACCCUAGGCGACCUUCUGACCUUUCUAAAAUAACUGAACAUGUCACGGCCAGUUUUAUAACACCAGCAGAUCUACCAGGAAAAUGGUUAAGAAAAUUUACACCAAAAGACAGCCCAAAAAAUCAUGUGACACAAGGUCAAGAGAACUAUGAGCAUGCUAUACACCUGGGUCUAGAGUUUAGACAUGACCAUUCAUCAGAUCGUUUAUCAUCAGAUACAGAGGCCAGUAUUUCAUCUGCUGCUAGUCCAGUACUGUCUGUUCAUUCAGCAGACGACACAGACCUAGAUGUCAGCAUGGAAGAGAAAAUAUCCAGGAAGUCACCUGACUACAGAAUCAGAAAUUUGGACAUGUCAUCCAAUCAGAUCGCAAAGAUUGAUUGUCUGGUCACAAGUGGUGGGGAUUUACUGCAGAGUUUCACAUCACUAGAGAACCUUGACCUUGGUGGAAACUUGAUACUGGGUCUACCUGAGGAUUUUUGUAAGCAUUUGACAACCUUGAAGAUUUUGAAUCUCAGCAAUAACAAAUUAACAACAUUUCCUGAUCCAGUUUUUUAUUGCCCUUGUUUGACUACACUUGACCUCUCCUUGAAUAAAAUUGAAGUUUUGAAUCUGGGGUCGCACAAGUCGCAGUCAAUAACAGAUUUACUUAUUAUGAAAAAUGAGAUCAAGACAUUUCCUCAAGGAUUGGAUCAAGCAUUUCCUCAUCUUUCUAGGCUGGAUAUCAGCAAAAAUAAACUCAAAGAUCUACCCAACAUGCCUUGCAAUCUGGUGGACUUACAGUACCUGGAUUGUUCUCACAAUUCUAUUCUCAUUUUACCUGAGGAAUUCUUUAGAUUUUCAUCAAAAUUGGAAACAUUUAUUGGAGUCAACAAUGGAUUAGAGCUAUUGCCCAGUGAAAGCUUGGCUGUCCAUCUGAAUCGUCUUGCCACUGUCAAACUUAGCAAUAACAGAAUUACUGAAAAAGAACCAUUUUAUAUCCCAAAGUUUAUACUGGAACUGCCAAAUCUAAGAAGUGUUGAUCUCUCAUCAAAUGGGAUUUUAGGAUUUCCACCACCCACUUUAUGGAAGACACAAAUGCUGAAAGAUCUUUUGUUGUCACAUAAUCAGAUUGACAAGUUGAACCUGGAUGGAUCUCGGAUGUGGGGCAAGUUGGAGAAGUUAAACUUAUCUCACAAUAAAAUAGCUGAGCUCCCAAAAGAAAUUGGACAUCUGGUAGCUCUGCAGUCAUUGGACCUGAGCUACAACAAAUUUUUGUCAAGUCUGCCAGACGAGCUGGGCAGAUGCAGUAAAAUCUGGGAGAUGCCUAUGGAUGGUUUAUCUCUAGACUUGGAUGAUGGGCUAACUAGGGGUCGUGUAAAAGAUUUGAUUCUCUACCUCCACAACAGGCUAAAAAAGGCCCAGCGCUAUUAUAGAAUGAAACUUAUGGUGGUUGGAUAUGGAGGACGGGGGAAGUCGAGUUUACUACAAGCUCUCAAGAAGAAAGUCAAGAGCAACUCAGCAGAGAAACCUUCAGUCACUGUGGGUGUCAUCGUGGAGGAUUGGAAGUAUGAGAGACAAAGGUUUGGGAAAAGUGUGACAUAUACCCUGAACACCUGGGACUUUGCUGGACAAGAAGAUUUCUACAGUACACACCAGUGCUUUCUCUCCAACAGAACAUUAUAUCUGGUUGUGUAUGACAUCAGCAUGGGGACUGAAGAAAUUGACAAACUCAAGCCAUGGCUCUCCAACAUUCAUGCUCGUGCACCAGGGUGUCCUGUCAUUGUUGUAGGAACUCAUUAUGAUCUACUUCCUGUGGAGGACAGGGAAUCCACUGUUGUUGAGUUUGAAUCAAAGCUCCAAAAACUAAUGAACAAACCAGGUUUCCCUGCCAUAACAUGUUUUGCUAUUGUGGACUUAACUAAAGAAUCUCAUGAACUUCAACUGCUGAGGAACAAGGUCAAGGACACAGUUGAUGAGUUCAAGGUGAAAGGUCAGCCAGUCAUGGGUCAGAAAGUGCCAGCUAGCUAUGUUAAACUGGGUGAACUUUUACAUGAAGAAGCAAAAAAUGUCCAAAAAUGUUUUCCUGUAAUACGACAUGGGCAGCUGAUUCGCCUCAUCAAGAAUGCCAACAUAGACCUAGAGGAUGAAGAAUUAAAACAGGCCAUCAACUUCCUCCAUGAAAGUGGAGUCUUGCUGCACUAUAAUGAGACAGCUCUACAGAUGAAAGACUUCUACUUCAUCAACCCAGGGUGGCUGUGUCGAAUGAUGGCACAAAUUGUUACAGUGCCAGAAAUUAAUCCUUUUAUAGACAGAAAUGGGGUCAUGAAAAGAUCCUCUGCUGGCUUACUCUUUACUGGGAAAGAAACUUCUGGCAGCAGCCAUUUUGUUUUCCCGACAUCUUUGAUACCCCAGUAUCUCCAUUUACUGGAAAAAUUUGAAAUAGCACUCCCAAGAAAUGAGGAAGAACUACUAAUACCAUGCAGGCUUCCAAACAGGCGACCAAAUUUUGAACUACCCAUACAAAACAAAGAAGAACUAGUGUUCAGGUAUUAUGUCAUGCCUCAUACACCCAUUGGCUUUUGGUCUCGACUCCUCACCAGGCUCAUUGUGUUCACAGAGAGUAAAUUUGUUGAGAAUAUGCUGUACCUGCAUGAAAAACCUCAGGUUCAUUUUUGGCAGGAGGGAAUAUUUGUUCUGUGGAAUGACGCUGCCUUUUUCUUGGUUGACAGCUUCAAAGGUUUAUCUGAUGAAAUUCACAUGACAGUUCCCAGUACACCCCAUGGGUGCAGGCUACUGGGCUACCUUGUAGAUCAUGCUGAUUCUUUAAUUGAUGAGUGGUACCCUGGUCUGGUGUCCAUUGAUCCUAUGCUGGGGAGAGAACUCUUGGAAAAAUAUGUGCCUUGUACAGCUUGUUCAGGUUUGCAGUCUCAUGUCUUCAGGUUUGAAGAUCUUUUGAAGCAUUCAGAGAACCACACUGAUAUAUUUUGUCCUAUCCAUAAUGGGACAGUGGACUUAGUGAAAUUGGCUCCAGAUGUGAUGCUGGCAGAUGUUGAGCCUCAGUUUCAUCUAGAUCUAGAACAGUUUGAAUUCAAAGAAAGUCUAGAGAAUCUAUGUGGAGAUGGAGGAUUUGGGUCAGUUUAUAAAGCAAAGUACCAGGGAAAGGUUGUUGCUGUCAAGGUGUUUAGUGCAAUUGGGGACAUCCAUCCUCACAAAAUGCUUCGACAAGAGGCAACCAUACUGAGAAGGCUGAAACAUCCCAGUGUCAUCUCCCUGUUGGCUGUGGCUGUCCAUCCAGUCAGACUCGUCGUCAUGGAGUUCGCUCCAAACAAAACUUUGGGGGAGGUGUUCAGAUCUGGACCUCGGCUGAGCAGGACUUUACAACUGAAAAUAUCACAACAGAUUUCAGAAGGUUUAGCUUACCUGCACAGUUUGAUGAUUAUAUACAGGGACAUGAAACCUGAUAAUGUUUUGAUCUUCACAUUAGCACCAGACGCACUGAUCAAUGCAAAGAUUGCAGAUUACGGCAUCUCUCAGUUCACAACUUUGUUUGGUCUGGUGGCACAAGAGGGAACACCUGGUUAUAGAGCCCCAGAAGUUGUCAGAGGAGAAAUUUACUCCUUUCAGGCUGAUAUUUUUUCUUUGGGAGUCCUGAUGUACAUGGUGCUAACAGGGGGCCAGCACCCAUUUGAGGAGCUGGAGUUCAAGAGUGAAAUUGAUAAAGCUUUUGCUGAGAAUCUCCCAAUAGCACCCAUAACUCAAAAAUCUUGUGCACCAUGGCCAGAUUUUCAAGAGCUGAUCACCCAGUGCUUGAGUCAAGUUCCUGAUUAUAGACCUAAAGCAGCAGAAGUAUUUGAGAGUUUAAAUUCUGCAGAACUCUUCAGUCUGCGUGAGGUGUUGCCUGUGUCUGUUGGAACAACUGUUGAAUGUAUUGCCACUCAGCUAUUGAGCAGCAAGAAUGUUCGCCUCUGGAUUGCCAGUGGAGACAACGACUACAUGCAGCUGACCUGGCUGAACCUGCUUGACUACAGAGAUGAAGUCCUCAAUGCUGAAAGAAGUCGCCAGUCUGUGGAUUACAGUGGCAUGGGUACUAUGUUCAGGGACGGCAGAGUUCUUUGCCUGUUGCCAGUUAACCAGGAUCAUAUUCUUCUUGGCACACAAGCUAGAAAAAUCUGGGUAUUUAACACAGUAACCAAUGAAUUGGUUCACUCAACACAACAGCUGGACGACUCAGUGCUCUGCCUUUAUUUGGUUCAAAGAAAGUUUCCACAAGCCACUUACAGGCGUACAGAUGACCCACUUGUUCUAGCAGGACUAGCCAAUGGGAAGAUGGCCCUGUAUCCAUUAUCAGAGCUCCUCCAGGAACCUGACAUGGACCCCAUAGAGAUGAAGUUAGGGGAAAGCUAUGAGCCUGUAAAGUGCAUACUCUACAGCUCAACAGAACACAAACUAAUUGCUUCAUGUGGAACCAAGUUUGUUGUUAUGGAAAUCAAAAUUGGUGUGGCAGUUGUAAACAUUUAUAACACAGUGGAGGUCAGUAACUUCCUGUCAAAGCCUAUAAGUUCUAUGGCAAGUGGCAGACAGUUGUACCUGGCACACCGCAACAGCUCUGUUGUAGAGGCCUGGGAUGUUUCGAAAGGCAAACGCAAAAAUUCUUUGGAUGUUAGCAUAAGUUUUAACCUGACCAGCAAAGAGGGUCGCAUCACUGCCAUGGUCCUCAAUGAAUUAAAGACCCUGUGGGUGGGAACUGGUGGGGGGCAGAUCAUUCUCAUUGAUGUCAAUAACUGGAUCCCAGUCAUCAGUUUUCAUAGACACACUGCCUCCAUUAGAUGUUUGCAUGCUGUUAAAAUUAAAAAUUCUUCUAAAUAUGGAGCCAACUCCAGCACCACUGUCAUCUUGAGUGGAGGUCUUGGGUUCAAAACUAGAUCUGAGUCAACUAUGGACAAAGACAGCCACUAUGGAUGUAUUGGAGUCUGGGACGCUAACUUCCCACAAAUAGCCAAGCAGUUUUCUGACUGUGCUAAGAAAAGAAAAGAACUAAGUGAAACACGGAGGACACAAUCUUUGUCAUCUGGUUUGUGAGCUGUGUCGUUACUUCAGUACUCAUUACUUCAGUAAACUUACUAUGUCAGUAAACGCAUUACUUUAAUAAACACAUUACUUCAGCAAAGCGCUGAAGUAAUAUUUAAGAAAAUUGAUUUUAACCAUAGUAUACUUAAAAAGAAAACUCUUUUUUUAAU